GAAACUUAAAAAGCGGCGAGAGGGCAACCUCAAAAUUAUUUCCCGACAGAAAACACACAUCGACAGUAAGUAACUGUCCCAAAACCUCCCAGAGAAACAAGUGUUCCAAAGAUGGCGAGAGAAACGAAAUGUUUGACCAGAAUCACUGCCGGAGUUGCCAUCGGCGGCGCACUUGGCGGUGCUGUAGGUGCUGUCUAUGGAACUUACGAGGCGAUUAGAUUCAGGGUGCCUGGGCUUAUGAAGAUAAGGUACAUAGGGCAAACAACACUCGGCAGCGCAGCAAUUUUCGGGCUCUUCCUAGGUGCAGGCAGUUUGUUACACUGUGGAAAAUAAGCUUUCUAAGUUUGGUGUCUUGCAAAGUGUCCUGGUGAAAGAUUUGUUUCUCUUCUGUAAGACUUUUAGCUUUAUGAAUUAAUAAGCAUUUUUAAAAUGAAUCAUCUCGUGUGUUUCUUCCUCUAUGUGGAUCAGUUCAUUCUUGCUU